AUGGAUGCCUCUGUGGACCAAAAUCCAGAGAUGGAUGCAAGGAUGCGCAUGGCCCUGGAGGGAGAAGUUGGAAUUGUUGUGGAUCUUCGCACAGAGAAUAAAGGUCGCCCAGGGAACAAGUUUGAUACAUUCUUUGAACAUCUGGAAACAGAAAUAGAACAGGUGCUUGCAGCGGACGACAGGAGACAUAAUGUGGCCCAUCUGUCCCAAUGGAUAUCCCUCCCAGAUCUUGUAAAGCAAGUAACCCGGAAAUGUCCUCCAAAUACUGACAUUCCCAGCAAGUCUCUGAGACGACAGUUGCGAGAAACACAUCCUGAUGUGCACUACUGUGCCGCUAUUUUCAAAUAUCUGCGCUCAAUGGCUGUGAAACUCAAAGCGUCCUGUAAAUUGCUGUGUGUAGAUGACAAGUCCAAAGUGAACUUUGGAGAACCGGGAACUGCUAUGGCAAGUGGUGUUCGGGGCAAACAGCAACUGGGCACUUCUGCGUCAACUAUAUCAGCUGCAGACCAUGAUGUACACAACAAGGGUCAUCUAACCCCAUCAGUGAUCCUGGAUGUGGAGAUUCCAGAUAGUGUUGACAAGUCCUUCUGGCGUGGAGAAGUGGUGGUCCACUUAAAUGACUCCAUUUUCCAGGCUUCAACACCUUUCCGCCAUGCUGUGUCUAUCAGGAAACAUGUGAUGCAGCAAGAUAUCAAAACAGAGGUUUUGCUGUUGUUCUCAGAUGGUGGCCCCGAUCAUCGUCUAACAUACGAGUCUGUCAAGAUGUCCCUCAUCUGUCUGUUCCGCGCACUAGACCUUGACAUGCUUGUAACAGCACGUUGUGCUCCGGGACAUAGUUGGAUCAACCCUGUGGAACGCAUUAUGUCUAUCUUAAAUCUAGCCCUACAGAAUGUUGCGUUAGAAAGAGACACAUGUACAGAAGAACUUGAAGGCAUCAUCAAGAAGUGCACAGGAAUGGCGGCCAUUCGCAAAGCUGCGGAGAAGCACCCAGACCUUAAGCCAGCCUGGAUACACAGUUUGGUGGAUAUGGUCUCUAUGCUGCGAACAAGAUUUGAGCGCCUUGCCUUGAAAGAGAAGCCUAUUGUCACAAGAGACCCUGUGUCUGAUGAUGAAGUAGAGGGCCUCCAAAGUUUUGGACUUCAGAUAGAUCCAGCUAUAAACAUGACACAACUUCAACAGAGGUUUGUGUCUCGCUUGGCUGAUUAUCAGAACUUUGUAGAAAGACACUGCCGAGCGCGGAAUUAUACUUUCCAGAUAAAAAAGUGUGAUGAUGCCAAAUGUUGCAGUGCGAAGAAGCUACCAGCGGAGGACCUUGCCUGGUUACCGGAUCCAGUACCAGACUCAAUGGGAGAGCACUACAAGAGCUAUGAAGUGCUACUUCCACAAGAAACCACACAAGAGCACAUGCCUUCCAACAAGAAUUUUGUAGGAAAGGUUUCAGAGGAUGCUCAGGGAUGCAAGACGUCGGAAUUGACUGCACAGCAUGCUCGCAAGAUAAUCAAGUGCGGGGAAUGUGGAAAGCCACGAGUAAAUUACAGCUCUUUAAAGCCAUCUUCUAAAGAUCUGAUUGAUUUAGAUGCUUGUAUUGAAGACUGCGAGUACACAUGUGGGAGUAUGCUUGUGCCAAUUGGACACAGGCUUUACAAAAAGAUGUUUGUGCGUCUUGCCUUGAACUGUGCAGAUCCAAUUGAGUACCCAUACUAUAGCUCAGGAAAUUUCCUGUUUGGAGUGUGUUGCUUCUGCGUUGCAGAGACAACUGGUGGUCCAAGGAGAGCUGCGUUACGCGAAAAAUACAGAGUUGUGUUGCCAGUCUGCAACAAGUGUUUGGAUGAUGGGAAAGAUUUCCCCAAAUCUAGGCCAUUUAAACGCUAAAAGAUGUACACCAAAAACAGCAAGUUGGCUUCAUGCCUCAUCUGUCCUGAAGCACACUGCAGGCCUUCGUCUUCCAUGCCUCCCUUAAAUUUUGUUCGACCUGACAGUUUUGUUUUUAUUUGCACAAAAACAGGAAAGACAUAAAAAGUGAAAUAAAUGUCAC